AUGGUGGGAAAUUGGUACGGCGCUCUUUUCGGGGCCGGCCGUACGACGGCACGACCCUCGAGGCCGAUCGGGGGCGGAGGACUGAAGCGGUUCAUCAGCAUCGGCAUCCUGCUACAGAUCAUCGCCAAUUGUGAUUACGGUUUUGGUGCAAUCCGAUCGGUGAAGCUGGUGGUGGAACCGCCGACGGUCCGCCGUGGCCAGCACGCGACGUUGCAAUGCCUGUACGACCUGGACGAGUCGCCGCUCUACUCCGUGAAGUUCUACCGAGGACUACGCGAGUUCUAUCGCUACACGCCGGGCCAGCAGCCGAGCAUGAAGAUUCUUCCCUUUCCCGGCAUCAACGUCGACGCGGCGCACUCGGACAACCGGCAGGUCGUUAUCAGGAAUGUGGGCUUCGGGCUAUCGGGUGUCUUUUCCUGCGAAGUGACGGCCGAUGCACCAUCGUUUUCUACCGCCACCGAACAAAUCAACCUGCAAGUAGUAGAACUGCCCGACAAGGGCCCCACGCUGUGGACGGAACAUACACGCUACGAGCCGGGAGAUGUCCUACGGGCGAACUGCACCUCGGAACCGUCGAGACCGAAGGCGGACCUGACGCUGACGCUGAACAACAUGGUGCACGAAUCGUUGGUCUACAAAACGAUUGAAGAAUCGCGAACCACCACGGACAACCUGAUCUCGAGCACGUUGACGGUCCGAUUGCACCUCCAGAGCUCGCACUUCGGCUCGGGCCUGAUGCCGGGCAUGGGCGGUCCGUCGGGAGCCGGCGGCGCCCUGUUGCUGCGAUGUACGGCCACCAUCGGGAAACUGUACGAGCAGUACACCGAGAUGGAGCUGGGCGUGCCCCAGCGGGAUCCCAUUCCGGCGCGAGUUACAUCAUCCAGCGCCACAAGGAUAUUCCCUCGCGUCCAAGGAUUCUUCCAGGGUGGCUGGACGCUUCUCCUCAGCGCGCUGCUCACCAUGGGCACUCUGCUCAACAGCCCCUCAUUAGCCCCAAUCAGCCCACCGCCCGCGCUGGGCUCCUCCGUGCUCGCGCUUCGAAGAUAG